GAAAUUGGAAGCUGUGAUAAAUCUUCAAUUUGAUUAAGGGGCACAACUGCUGCGGCCGGCCUGUUUUGUCGUGCAAUCAAUGUAAAUCAUUCAUUUAAAUAUCAUGGAUGAAGAGCUGUUGGCCAGGUUAAAGUUUCCAUCUCAAACCUUGUUUAAUGAUCUUCCACACAACGUUUCUAUCGAUCUGAUUGAAAAAUUAAAUUCGGGCGAAGGAUGUUCGCUCAUAGCUGAGCGACUCAAUGAGUGUUACGCCAACCAACUUUCCUCGGAAAUUCGUGCAGAAGAUUUGAUACCGGUGCUAAUCAUGAGAAUGAUUCCCGUGGGUUUAUUCGCCACCCUUUUAUAUGAUAUGGAUCUUUAUGAACCGCUGUCAGCGCUUUUGCAGCCUGAAACCCUUGCCAUAACAAUCGAGCCUGGAAAUGGGCAGGAGAGACUGGAAUGCGAAUUGGAAGGCACUUUGCGCCUCACCUGCGUUGCUAGAGGAGUCCCUCUGCCCAAUAUUAAAUGGUGGCGGGACAACACAGAGAUUGCAUCCACCGGAGACUCAAAUUUUGAAGUUUCCUGCGUUGAGACCACAGUGACGUCCAGCUUAGUUAUACAAAAUUUCAGUCCAGACCUUCAGGGGAAAUAUUUUUGUAUCGUGACAUCUGAUGCCCUGAACUCGGCGUCCAUUCGAUCUGUUGAGGUCGAUAUCAAUGUUAAAUUCAGCAAACCAGUCAUAGUGGAAGAGCCAGACAACGCGUGCGUUUUCGAACCAGGGCCUAUCACCCUUUCGUGUACAGCAAAAGGAUAUCCUUUGCCUAAGUAUCAGUGGUACUUUAACAACCUGGUGCUUUUUGAUCAGACUGAGAGUACUCUUAGGAUUGCUACCAGCAGUCCAAAGAAGCACACUGGAAAAUACAGGUGCAUAGCAACAAAUGCAGCCGGUUCAGUUGAGUCUAAAGAAGUGAUUGUGAAUGUGCCAGAAGAGUUCCUGAUGAAGAUUGAAUCCAGCAAAAUGCUGAAGGCCGUGGAGAAAAUAGCUCUGCUGAUUGCAAACGAAGAGGGCAACCUGCAAAAACCGAUCAAUGAUGUCAUUCUGCUCGCACGAAAACUGGAAAAAAUUGGCUUCAAAACUCUGCCGCUCAUCAACUUGGACUUUAAAGACAUGACCAACGCGAUUGAAAGAUUUUCUGGACUCCUUAAACCAGGCGUUUACGGUCUUUUUUAUUAUGCUGGACACGGCUGCCAGAGAGGCUCGGAAAUAUUUAUUCCGCCUUACAAAGCCUUGGAAAUGUGCUCUGUCGGUGACUCCUGUUGCUCCGCCACCAGUGAAAGCAAAAAGGAUGCUAAAUGGAUCACGGACACGUACAUCCUUGACAAGUUGCUGACAAACAAACCCAAAAUGAGAAUCGUGAUACUCGACAUGUGCCUGAAGUACUCUGGAUGUCCACGCUGCGAGUUUCCUGUGCUGACCUAUCCACCCAGCGUGCAGCCUGAUCUGAACUACAUGAAAGUGUGCGCCACCUCCAAAAAUCUGUCUGCGUAUGAGAGUCAGAGUCGGCCCAACAGCAAUUACAUGACAGAGUUUUCCAAGUACAUUGACCCUGACAUGCCGUUCAAAGUCACCAGGAUUUUCUAUGAAGUGAAUAAGGUUAUCAGCCAAAAAGAAGCUAAAGUUCCAUCUGAAAAUAAUAGGCAAAUACCAAGCAUAUCAACUAAUAUUUAUGAAGAUUUUACCCUGCUUGAUCCAGUGACAGGAGAUGAAGAAAUAACGGAUUAUUUCACCAGCAUCAACACUUUGCCUGAGGGAGAAAUUUUCUACUUUGAAAACAAGGGAGAAAAUUUCAUGCUCAAGGCGCAAGUCAAAUACAAGCCGUACAAAAAGCACAUUUUGAACUCCUUGGUUUUGAUUUUUGAGGGCAUCGACUUUGACACCUGGGACCUGGACGUCCGGACUGAUAUGGAAAUUUUAGGCAUUGGAGAAUCUUAUGUGAUUGUUGGAACAGAUCAGCCCAAUGAAUUUGUAGUUCAUCAUCUGCAGAAGUACACUGCGGGCAUCAAUUUGUCCGUUUACUUGCUGGAGAAGAGUGGCAACCUGGUCGCCUCACACAACCUUUUCAUUUACCAGCCACUGAUUACCAGAGGUUGAAAUUAAUACAUUCUUAACAAAAUCUUUGAUGAAAAACAUAGUUUAU